AAAAGAAAUAAAAAGCUAGUGGGAUAGAGGAAUGGAUUGAAAAGAGCAACGACAACAUCGAAAAUCGGAAAAUUGUAGCAGCACCAGCAGCAGCAGCAGAUGUGGACCAAAAUGGCCGAGAUGGCCUCAACGGGUUUCAGUUGGUUGACGCUGGCCUAGAAAGCGCAACCUCAACCUAAACCUCGAUAUAUAACAUGUGCCGCAUGCAUUGAAGUGGACACAGCACAGCACAACACACCACAGCACGAUACUGCGCUGCAAAAAGCAUUACACAACACUACACUAAACACAAAACACAACAACACCGAUACCGACACUAGCAAACAAACACAGACAGACUAAAAGCGAGAGAGAGAGUGUGAACUGAACAAUGGUCAUCCAGUGUACAUGCGAUUGCAACUGCAGUGAUAGAGACACAGCCCGUAGCUCCUGUUUGCCACGCUUGCAGCAGCAACGUGCCACGCCCACGUCGUCGUUAACGCCGACGCCCACAACGCCCCUAAAUGGUGGCAAUGAUAUGGAGAAUCGGUUUCCAUACUAUCGUCGCCUCUCAAAUACCUCAUCAGCGCUCUACGGCAGCUGUCCCCAACUGCAAUUGCCACACCAUCAGCAACAGCAACAUCAACAACAUCAGCAGCAGCAGCAGCAAAAACAACAACAGCAGCCGCUGCCUCAGACCUGCCACAGUCACGGUCUUAGUCUUGGUUUAAGGCAUCAUCAACAGCACAACAACAACAACAACAACAACGACGAGGAGCAGCUGCAGCGGCAAUACUCGAGUCUGGUGCGGCCAGCGAAACACAGAGGCAGCGUGCUGUGCAACAAAUGUGCGCUGUGAC